AAACGGGUAGUUGGCAACGCGACUCUCCGCCACAGUGUGACUGUCAAAGCAAAGCGAUAAAAAAAAGUUGUCUCCGCAUUAAGAGCUCACAGGAAUAUUUUCCAGCAUUUCGAAAAUAUGAUAAGGGCACCGAUAGUCAAGGCGCUGGGCGCUCUGGGCUCGCCCACACACCAGAUUGCCAGCCGGGCGGUGCGCACCAGCGCCAUAAUGGCCCAGACGCCGGCGAAGGCGCCCGAGAAGAUCGAGGUCUUUGUGGACGACAUUCCCGUGCAGGUGGCCCCCGGCACCACCGUUCUCCAGGCUGCUGCCCAGAUUGGCGUGGAGAUUCCCAGAUUCUGCUACCACGAGCGGUUGGCGGUGGCCGGCAACUGCCGCAUGUGCCUGGUGGAGGUGGAGAAGAGUCCCAAGCCGGUGGCCGCAUGCGCCAUGCCCGUGAUGAAGGGGUGGCGCAUCAAGACCAACUCCGAUCUGACCCGCAAGGCACGCGAGGGCGUCAUGGAGUUCCUGCUGAUGAACCAUCCGCUCGACUGCCCCAUUUGCGACCAGGGCGGCGAGUGCGACCUGCAGGACCAGGCCAUGGCUUUCGGUUCCGAUCGUUCCCGCUUCACGGACAUUAACUACACUGGCAAGCGCGCCGUGGAGGAUAAGGACAUUGGACCCCUGGUGAAGACCAUCAUGACACGUUGCAUCCACUGCACCCGUUGCGUGCGUUUUGCCUCUGAGAUUGCCGGUGUUGAUGAUCUGGGCACCACUGGCCGUGGCAACGACAUGCAAAUCGGAACCUACGUGGAGAAGCUCUUCCUCACCGAGCUGUCUGGCAACGUGAUCGAUCUGUGCCCCGUGGGAGCUCUUACCAACAAGCCGUACAGCUUCGUGGCCCGUCCCUGGGAGAUCCGCAAGGUGAGCAGCAUCGACGUCCUGGACGCCGUCGGCAGCAACAUUGUGGUCAGCACCCGCACCAACGAAGUUCUGCGUAUCCUGCCCCGCGAGAACGAGGAUGUCAACGAGGAGUGGCUGGCCGACAAGUCGCGCUUCGCCUGCGACGGUCUGAAGCGCCAGCGCCUGGUGGCUCCGAUGGUGCGCAUGCCCAAUGGCGAACUCCAGGCUGUGGAGUGGGAAGGUGCCUUGAUUGCCGUUGCCAAGGCUGUCAAGAAGGCCGGCGGACAAGUGGCUGGCAUCUCCGGUCAGCUGGCCGAUGUAGAGGCUCAAGUGGCGCUCAAGGAUCUGAUCAACAAGCUGGGCAGCGAAGCUGUGGCCACCGAGCAGGGCUUCAUCGAAGGCGGCACCGAUUCUCGUGCCAAUUACCUGCUGAACAGCACCAUUGCCGGUCUGGAGGAGGCCGAUGCCGUGCUCCUAAUCGGUACCAAUCCCCGCUAUGAGGCUCCUCUAGUCAACACCCGUCUCCGCAAGGCGUAUGUCCACAACGAGCUGCAGAUCGCCUCGAUCGGACCCAAUAUCGAUCUGUCUUACGAGCAUGAGAACCUCGGCGCCGAUGCCGCUUUGAUCAAGGAUGUCUGCUCUGGCUCGCACGCCUUCUCCAAGGUCCUGGAAGGUGCCAAGAAACCGGCCAUCAUCAUUGGUGCUGAGCUGCUGGAGCGUCCCGAUGGUGCCGCCAUCCAUGCUACCGUCGCCGAGUACUGCAAGAAACUAAAGAAGGGGGAUUGGAAUGCAUUCAACGUGCUGCAGACCAACGCCGCCCAGGUUGGCGCUUUCGAUGUGGGCUACAAGGCUGGCGUUCAGGCUGCCCUGAAGUCCCAGCCCAAGGUGCUCUUCCUGCUGAACGCUGACGCCGGCAAGGUGACCCGUGAUCAGCUUCCCAAGGACUGCUUUGUGGUGUACAUUGGAUCGCACGGUGACAACGGAGCCUCCAUCGCCGAUGCCGUUCUGCCCGGAGCCGCCUAUACGGAGAAACAGGCCAUCUUUGUAAACACUGAGGGCAGGCCACAACAGACAUUGGCUGGUGUCUCUCCUCCAGGCAUGGCCCGUGAGGACUGGAAGAUCCUGCGCGCCCUGUCCGAGGUUGUUGGUACGCCCCUGGGUUACGAUAAUCUGGAUGAGCUGCGCACACGGCUUGAGGAUGUGGCGCCGCACCUUCGUCGCUUGGGACAACUGGAGAAGGCUAGUGAUGCCGGCAGUGCCAGCGCUCCCAGCAAAUCCAUCGGCGGCGGCCCCAUCGAUGUGAAGCUGAAGGAACUGAAGGAUUACUUCAUGACCGAUGCCAUUUCACGCGCCUCGCCCACCAUGGCCAAGUGUAUAUCGGCGGUCAACAAACAGCAGAGGGAUAACGAGGCCAAGGUGGCCGCGGCCGUCUAAACUACUAACUAAUUAAUGUUUUUUUUUAAACUCUGCUCUUCGAUCUUUGCCCCCUCCACUUACUCGCGAACGGACAACAGACAGACAGCUGGCGGCACAUGAGCAGGAUGAGCGGUUGCAGGAGCUGGAAGUGGACCGGAAGCUGGAGCAGGUCCAGCGUCAGCACCAGCUUCUUGGCGCCCAGUUAAAUGUAAAUGAAAAUGUCUUUGGAGUUGUUCAAAACAAAAGAAGUUAUUCACUACGAAAAAUAGGAAAACAAAAUAAAAAUGUAAUAGUAAAUAUA